AUGCGCCUGUUCUUCAUCCGCCACGGUGAGAGCGUGGAUAAUGUUGCCGGCAUCGUCGCCGGCUCCCGCGACUCGCCUCUCACCUCGCACGGCUUCCUGCAGGCGCGGCGGCUGGGACCGGCCCUCGCCCGGGACGUGCUCGUGUCUCACAUAUUCUCCUCGCCGCUGCAGCGUGCGGUGAAGACGGCCGAAGCUGUGCGCGACGCUCAGCGUGAGCAGCAUGGCGCGGUCCCGCACUUUGUGCUCGUCUCCGACCUGCAGGAGAAGGACUUUGGCAGCCGUGAGGGCGCGUCGUUUCGCUCCAGAUCUUCUGCCGGAACAGUCGACGACGCCGAAUCCACUUCUGUGAUGAUGAAGCGGGCAAACUGUUUCCUCGAUGAUUAUCUGGUGCCGCUCUUGUGCGUCGACGCAGACACCGACAUGGCUUGCGCCGUCGUCUCGCAUGGUAUCUUUCUCGGCGUGCUCACCAGAGCCCUGCUGAAGAGGAUAUGCCCCCAUCACAUUGCUCUGCCCCCUGUGUCGGAGCCAAGUGAUGCGACGACGGAUGCUUCAGGCCACACGAGGUUUUUCUGGAGCAACACCGGAUUCCUCGAGCUGACUGUCGCUGGCCUUGACGUCGCUGAUCCAUCGAGGCUGCCUUUGCAGCUGCGCAUCGACCGCGUCGACUGCACCUCUCACCUGGAGAGUUUGCACAAAACGCGCGGGGGCAUCGGCAGCGCCGUGUUCGACCCCCAUCAGCGGACCAUGCACAGUUAUUUCACGUCGGCAUCGGACCAGAUGCCGGGCAGCAGAGCAUAA